AUGCCAAUUCUCCUGCUCACAGGAACACCAGCUUGGCCAGAGCUGGAUCCCAGAACCAGCAAACAGUUGCCCCAGUCCACACCCUGUGUCCAUGCCCAUGUGCACCCUGGCCUUGUGUCCUUGUGGGUGGAGGAGCACAGGAAACAGGUGGGCAGUGCCGCCAAGCUCCUGGACAAGAACCCCUUCUCCGUCAGUAACCCGAACCCCCUGCUCCCUUCGCCUGCCAGCCUCCAGCUGGCCCAACUGCAGGCCCAGCUCACCCUCCACCGGCUGAAGUUGGCCCAGACGGCGGUCACCAACAACACUGCGGCCGCCACCGUCCUGAACCAGGUCCUCUCCAAAGUGGCCAUGUCCCAGCCUCUCUUCAACCAGCUGAGGCAUCCGUCUGUGCUCAGCGGCCCCCACAGCCACGCCGGGGUGCCCCAACAUGCUGCCACCAUCCCCAGCGCUCGGUUUCCCUCCAGUGCAAUCGCCUUUUCGCCUCCCAGCCAGCCACGAGGCCCAGGACCCUCUGUGAGCCUCCCCAGCCAGCCCCCCAACGCCGUGGUGGUCCAUCCUUUCAGCGGGGUGAUGCCUCAGACCCCUGCCCAGCCGGCAGUCAUCCUGGGCAUGGGCAAGGCCGGGCCCGCCCCGCCCCCCUCAGCGUUCUAUGAGUAUGGCAAAGCCAACGCCAGCCAGGCUUACGGCUCAGAGACAGACAGCCAGCCCGGCUUCCUGCCGGCCUCGGCCUCUGCCGCGGGCAGCGUGGCCUACGAAGGGCCCUACAGCCACCCUGGACAAGAUGGCCAAGCCGCCUUCUCCAAAGACUUCUAUGGACCCAAUGCCCAAGCGCCCCCCCUAGCAGGUGGGUUCCCAGGGGAGCAGCCCCCGGGCAUGAAAGGUGAGGUAGGAGCGCUGCUACGGGGUGCAAACAGCCAGUGGGAGAGCACCCCCGGCUUCCCUGGUCCCAACAAGCCCGAUCUCACAGCAGGUCCCAACCUGUGGCCUCCAGCCUCCAGCCAGCCCUAUGAACUGUAUGACCCCGAGGAGCCCACUUCAGACAGGACCCCUCCCUCCUUCGGGGGUCGGCUUAACCACAGCAAGCAAGGCUUCAGCGGUGGCCGGCGGAGGGCCAAGGAGGAGCAGGCCCUGCUGCCCGCCGUGGGGCCCCUGCAGGCUCAAGAGCUGAACGACUUCCACGGCGUGGCCCCGCCCCACCUGCCGCACCUCUGCAGCCUCUGCGACAAGAAGGUGUUCGACUUGACGGACUGGGAGCUGCAUGUGAAAGGGAAGCUGCACACUCAGAAAUGCCUGCUCUUCUCUGAAAAUGCUGGCAUCCGGUGUGUGCUCGCUUCUUCAGCAGAGGGGACGCUGGGCACCUCCCCCAACAGCACAGCUCUUUACAGCCCCACUGGGAAUGAAGAUUACGCCUCGACUCUUGGGACGUCGUAUGCAGCCAUUCCAGCCAGGACCUUUGCUCAGUCGAAUCCCACAUUUCCUUCGGCUUCCUCCGGGACAAACUUUGCACAGCGGAAAGGUGCCGGACGCGUGGUACACAUCUGCAACCUCCCUGAAGGGAGCUGCACAGAGAAUGACGUCAUUAACCUGGGGCUGCCCUUUGGAAAGGUCACGAAUUACAUCCUCAUGAAGUCAACUAAUCAGGCCUUUUUAGAGAUGGCUUAUACAGAAGCUGCCCAGGCCAUGGUCCAGUAUUAUCAAGAAAAAUCUGCUGUGAUCAAUGGUGAGAAACUGCUCAUUAGGAUGUCCAAGAGAUACAAGGAAUUGCAGCUGAAGAAACCUGGGAAAACGGUGGCUGCCAUCAUCCAGGACAUCCAUUCCCAGAGGGAGAGGGACAUGUUCCGGGAAGCAGACAGAUACGGCCCGGAGCGGCCCCGGUCUCGCAGCCCAGUGAGCCGCUCCCUGUCCCCGAGGUCCCACACCCCGAGCUUCACCUCCUGCAGCUCUUCCCACAGCCCUCCAGGCCCCUCCCGGGCCGACUGGGGCAACGGACGGGACUCAUGGGAGCACUCUCCUUACGCCAGGAGGGAGGACGAGCGGAGAGAGAACGGGGAGGACAAGAGGGACCGGGUGGACGUGUGGGGGCACGAUCGCAAGCACUACCCCCGACCGAUGGACAAGGCGGAGUCGGACGAGCGGCUGGACGGCGGGAGGGGCCACCGGGAAAAGUACCCGAGGCCCGGGUCGCCCAGCCCACUUCACUCCGUGGCCGGCUACAAAAGCCGAGAGGAUGGUUACUACCGGAAAGAGCCCAAAGCCAAGCUGGACAAGUACCUGAAGCAGCAGCUGGAGGCACCUGGGAGGUCCAGGAGGAAAGACGAGGCCCGGAUGCGGGAGAGCCGGCACCCGCACCCCGACGACUCGGGCAAGGACACGAGGACCCCCGAGGGCAGCAAGGCCAAGCAGGGGGAGAAAAACAAAACCAAGAGGCCCGACCCAGACCAAGAAGGCGCCGAGGACAGAAAGGACCGCAAAGUGGCCGAGAAUGAGGCUGGAAAAGAGCAACGGGAAGGCACAGAGGAAAGUCCCCAAGCAGUGGGCAGUCAGGAGAAAGAGACAGAGUCCUCAUUUCCAGAAAGCGCCAGGACACAGAAGGAACAAGACUGGGAAAGUGGAAGCGAGGCAGAAGGAGAGAGUUGGUACCCCACCAACAUGGAGGAGCUGGUCACAGUGGAUGAGGUGGGAGAAGAAGAAGAUUUUAUCAUGGAACCAGACAUCCCAGAGCUGGAAGAAAUUAUGCCCAUUAGCCAGAAAGACAAAAUCUGCCAGGAAAUGUGUCCAUGUGUGAUGGCCAGCUUAGACCUGGACUUGCCCAAGGCUUUCAGCAAGGAGAGAGAGGCCGUAGGGAAUGGGACUGCAGACAUUAGCCUCAAGCUGCCCGGACAACUGCCUUCUGUUUCCACGCGCUGUCCCAGUGACACGGACGUGGAGAUGCCUGGCCUAAAUCUGGAUGCUGAGCGGAAGCCAGCUGAAUGCGAGACAGGCCUCUCACUGGAGGACUCAGAUUGCUACGAGAAGGAGGCAAAGGGAGCAGAGGGCUCAGACGUGCGCCUAGCCCCUGCAGCCCAGCAAAUGUCUUCCCCCCAGCCAGCAGAGGAGAGGGCCCGGCAGCCUAGCCCAUUUCUCGAUGACUGCAAGGCCGGAGGGUCUCCCGAAGAUGGGGCUUGUGAAGGCAGCCCUGUGGAGGAGAAAGCCGGCCCCCCCACUGAAAGCAACCUCCAAAGCCAGGCUUGCCAAGGCGUGUUGACCGAGGAAAGCUCCAGGUACACGGAAAUGAAAUCUCUGGGCGUGAGAUCACCAGAAUAUACCGAGGCGGAGCUUAAAGAACCCCUUUCUUUGCCUUCCUGGGAGCCAGAGGAUGUGUUCAGUGAACUUAGCAUUCCUCUAGGUGUGGAGUUCGUGGUUCCCAGGACUGGGUUUUAUUGCAAGCUCUGUGGGCUGUUCUACACCAGUGAGGAGGCGGCGAAGGUGAGCCAUUGUCGCAGUGCUGUCCACUACAGGAACUUACAGAAGUACUUGUCCCAGCUAGCCGAGGAGGGUCUGAAGGAAUCCGAGGGGGCCCGCAGCCCCAGGCUGGAGAACAGCGGAAUUGUGCCACAUUUUGAAAGGAAAAAGCUCUGAUGCUGCUGUCCCUGCUGUCACUGGGAGGUAGAGAGGAAGCCUGCUGAGGUGGGGGCCCAUCCAGCCCCAGGGACAGAACUAGAAAAUCCAGGCAGGGCGCAGUGCUUGGGUUUGUUCCCAGAGACUUUCAAAUACCCCUGAAGUAUCUCCAGGAGUCAAGUCACCCUGGCACGUUCAGCUGAAUGAAGGUCCCCAACUUUA